ACGCGGCACGCGCUCCAGGCCAUGGGGGAUGGAGCGGGAGGAGGAGGAGGAGGAGGAAGGAGCGAGGGCUGAGGAAGAGGCGGGAGCCGGCGGUGAGGAAGAGGAGGGAGCCGGGGCUGAGGAGGAUGGCGAUGACGCCGAGGAUGAGGAGGAUGAGGCGGAUGGGGCCGAAGGCGUGGCGGCGCGGUUCCUGGCGCUGCAGCGCGGCCUGUCCGAGCGGCUGCGGGCGCUGCCGCCGCCCGGGCCGCCCGUGGCGCUCGUGUACGCCCCGCUCGAGUACGCGUGGGAGCCGCACCGCCGCUUCGUGCGCCGCUUCCUGCGCGCCCCCACCGCCGUGCUCUUCCUCGGCAUGAACCCCGGCCCCUUCGGCAUGGCCCAGACCGGGGUGCCGUUCGGCGAGGCGUGGCACGUGCGGGAGUGGCUGCGGGUGUCGGGCGCGGUGCGGCGGCCGCCGCGGGAGCACCCCAAGCGCCCGGUGCUGGGGCUGCGCUGCCCGCGGGCCGAGGUCAGCGGCGCCCGCUUCUGGGGGCUGGUGCGGAGCCUGUGCCCGGACCCCCGCGCCUUCUUCCGCCACUGCUUCGUGCACAACCUCUGCCCCCUCCUCUUCCUCGCCGCCAGCGGCCGCAACGUGCCCCCGCCGGAGCUGCGGGCGGCCGAGCGGGAGCGGCUGCUCGCCCCGUGCGCCGCGGCGCUCGCCGCCACCGUGGAGGCGCUGGGCGUGCGGCUCGUGGUGGCCCUGGGCCGCGUGGCCGAGCUGCGGGCGCGCCGGGCGCUGCGGGCCGCGGGGCUGGCCGUGCCCGUGGCCUGGAUCCCGCACCCGUCCCCCCGCAACCCCCGCGCCAACCGCGGCUGGGAGAGCGAGGUGCGGGCCAGGCUGGCGGAGCUCGGCGUGCUGCGGCUGCUGGGGGUGCGGGAGGGACCGGGGCUCGACCGGUUGGGGGCUGGGGGGGAGGGCGUUGGGGGGUCCCUGCCCCACUUUGACCAGUUUGGGUCUGAGGAAAAGGGGGUUAGGGGGUCCCUGCCUCAGUUUCCCCACUCAGGAGCUGAGGGGAAGGAGGUUGGGGGGUCCCUGCCUCAGUUUCCCUGCUCAGGAACUGAGGGGAAGGAGGUUGGGGGGUCCCUGCCUCAGUUUCCCUGCUCAGGAACUGAGGGAAAGGAAGUUGCGGGGUCCCUGCCUCAGUUUCCCUGCUUAGGAACUGAGGGGAAGGAGAUUGAGGGGUCCCUGCCCCAGUUUGAGCAGUUUGGGUCUGGGGGAAAGGGGGUGAAUGGGGCCGUGCCUCAGUUUCCCCACUCAGGCACUGGGGGGAAGGAGGUUGUGGGGUCCCUGCCUCAGUUUCUCCACUCAGAACAGGAUUUAGGGCAACACUACAGGGCAGAGGGUGAAUCCCUGCCUCAGUUUCCCCACUCGGGUGGGAGUUUAGGGCUCCUUUAGGGGGUGUGGGGUGGGUCCUGCCUCAGUUUCCCCACACGGGGGUGGUGCUUAGG